AUGAGGACAAGAUCCUCUUUAGGCAAUUCGUCUAGUGCGUCUGUUUCCUCGUUGUCUACACCUGCGCGAUCAGCUACUACAUCAUCAUCUGUCAAAUCAACUUUUCGUCCACCAUCCAGACCCACCAUGGUUAGAUCAUCGUCGCCUGUGUUACAACAUCACCAACCACCAAGAUCAAGACCGGGAUCUUCCCUUGCCACGAGUCGUCCUGGCACUCCUGUUAAUUCGGGAAAUUACUGUCGUCAAGAGCCCUAUACCGGUACCAUUACGGUAUCGAUACGCCCCAAUCCUGAAUCAUUUUCCCUUGGUGCACAACAAAACUGGCAUAUCAAUUCAUAUAACAACAGCAUAUCCCAUGUGGAUGGGAGCAGCUUUGCAUUUGAUAACGUGUUUGAAAACGAUGCCAACCUGAAUAACAACUACCAAGUAUAUUUAAAGGCUUGUAAACCGAUUGUUGAAAAGUUUCUUGACGAAGGGUACAAUGGGACUGUAUUUGCGUACGGUAUGACAGGGUCGGGAAAGACUUACAGUAUGAAGGGAAACGAGAAAGAGUCUGGAUUUGUCGAAUUGGCAGUGAAUGAUUUAUUUGACAAGAUCAAUAAUCACAUGGGGGGAACGACAACACAUCAAAUUAAUGUGUCAUACCUUGAAAUAUAUAAUGAACGUAUUAUCGAUUUGCUAAACACCGGUAAUGGCUCCCCAACGACAGCCAAUGAUUUAAAGAUUAGAGACGAUCCAGAGUUUGGUGUCAAAGUUGUCGGUUUGACUACGCCAACGGUCACUUCAAGAGAGCAAAUACUUUCAUUGAUUAGAAAAGGUGAUCUUAAUAGAAAAACAAGUGCCACCGAUUUCAAUGCCAGAUCUUCAAGAUCACAUUCAAUUUUGCAAAUAAGACUUAAAGUCGUGGAUGAACAUACCAGUAGCGAGACCACAUCCACUUUGUCAUUGUGUGACCUAGCAGGAUCGGAACGGGCUUCAUCAAGCUUAGAGAGGAGGAAAGAAGGUUCCUAUAUCAACAAGUCCUUGUUGGCUUUGAGUAAUGUCAUUAACAAGUUGUCAGCCUCGUCUCAAGGUAUUGUAGAUCAUCACAUAAGCUACCGAGAUUCCAAGUUGACGAGGCUUCUACAGCCAGCAUUGAGUGGUAGGAGUUUGGUGCUGAUAUUGUGUACAAUCCAUAUGGGCUGCGGUAACAAUGCCACUGCCCAACAAGCAGUCUCAGAAACCUACAAAACAUUGAGGUUCGCAGCAAGAGCUAAGGAUAUUGUGAUUAAUGUUGAAAAGAAUUUAGGGAGGGGAAUCGAAAUGAGUGACCCUGAGACUAUGAAACUAAUACAGGAUUUGAAUAAUACAAUUGAGCAACAGAAACAUGAAUUGUUGCUGUUGAAAUCAAAUGGAUAUACAGAAGGAACAUCUGAUUUGAAUGCCUUAGCUACCUCGGAUAAUGCAUUGCAAGCGGAAAACAGGGUUUUGAUGGAGAGAGUUAAUCAUCUCACUAGACUCACUGAUUUACAAAAGACAGAAACGGUGAUUGUUAAGGAUAGUGCACUCAAUGACAUCAUUGGGUCAGGUGCAGAUAAUGCCCAACUUUAUGUGGCUAAUAUUGAAGAGUUGUAUAAACGCAUUACACACGAGAGAAGCGAGUAUGACAACUACAUUGCACAUCUCGAACAACAAUUGAAAAUGGCCCUUGUCAACAAUCCGAAUCACAACACGUCCAAGCCAAAUAACAGCGAAUUGAUGGAGGUGCUAAAAGACCAAGAGGAGGAGAUAAUACAACUUAAGGAAACGAUCAAGGACAAAGACCAUAUAAUACGAAGUUUCUCCAAGACUUCGAGAUUGAGAAAGUUGGUGGAAUCGAAUGUCAAAGCAAAUAUCUCAAUAAACAAACCCAGUUAUGCCACAAUGGAUCAAGAAUACAAACGCUCAAUGGGUAUUCACAGCCAGGACAGUGAUGUAUCCAUGGACAAGGAGAAUGAAGUUGCAACUUAUGAUAUCGCUGUGGGGCCAAAAAAGGCUAGAGCUGGUUUUGAUCUAAUGCUGACGUUAUAA